AUGAUUGAUAGAACCACCUCAACAACCAACAUCCACCAAUACCAGACAGAGCCAUUGCAAAGAAUGGACAUUGUGCCCGAUGAAAAGACCAUUGUCAAUCAGAUUCAGCACCUUUUGCUAGUAGAAGACGAUGACAUAUUUGACAAUGAUGGUGACGAUGAAGAUGAACAAGAUGAGGAUUUUGCAGACUUGCCACCUACGCUGGAUGCACCGGAUCUCACCAGAAGGGGAUCAACAUCGUCUGAAUUUAGCCAUAUUCAAUACGUCGACUCUAUCCGAAAGACUCGCCCCUUGCCAAAGAUUCCUGAUCGCACCUCAUCAAAAGAACUGUCCAGCAAUAUGACCGCCAUCAUGAGCGAGAGUUUUAAAAACAACACUCGAGUUUCUGCUCAACAAUUAUUCCAAAUGUUGAAUCAAAGCAAGUCGGCUGAAGAUGACGAACAGGACACAAGCGACGAUGAUGUUGAAUACGGAGGCGUAUUUGCAUUGAAAACGCAAAUGCCAUCACCGACGUUAUCCAAUAGAGAGGUUUUAAAACAGUACUACGAGGAGCUUAAUCUAAAUUACAAGACAAUGACACCAGUGGAAGAAGUGGAUGAGGAUCAGUUUAUUACCAACUACGCCUUGGAAUCUCCUCCUGAGCAGAGUACAAGACCUGUGUCACAGAUUUCCCUACAGCCGCCUAGCUUAGCUAGUGGAAGAAGCUCCCCUACGUCUUCUCGUAACUCGAACCAGUCCAUCGAUUUACCUGAUCCACCACUUGAUGUUGAUUUUCAGACACCAAGACAAGCAAAUGCCAUUCUACAGACAGCAAACCAGCAGCCUACAGAGUCUGAUCAGCAGAAAUUCGAUACUAUCAAUGGUAUCAGCUCCAUGUAUGCAACACCCACUGACGGAUAUAGCUAUGGUGCGCCUCGGCCAUCAUUAGAACAUGUCUGCGAAGCUAGUGAAAGCACUCCAAAGCAUCAAAAUGCUCCACCCAGCAGACUAUCUUUAUACGGCGAUGUUCAAAAGCUCUCUGAAUUAAAUCAGGCCCUGAUGACACCAGAGAUUUCCAAAAGCUCCGUCCUUGCUCCAGCUCAUCAGCAGCCACGACCUGAGCAGCAACAGCAACAGCAACAGCAACAGCAACAGCAACAGCAACAGCAACAGCAAGCCUUAGUGUCUGUGAGCUCGUACAAUAAGCAAGCCAAUGCAAGAGUGUCCAUGGCCCCUGCCAGUUUAGUGCAUGACAAGGAAUCAAUGAAAACUUACCGUCGUAUGGCUACCAAAACCAAUGAUCGUAACAUCCAAUUUACCUAUGCUAAAUAUCUGAUGCAACUGGUGUCUCUCUAUGUUGGCAGCAAGGAACCUAGCGUGGUAGCUACUCGUGAUCGCUUACAAGAGGAGGCAGAAUACUGGGUUGAUAAACUGGCAAAAUCCAAUUAUGCAGCUGCUCUUUACACCAAGGGUCAAUGGCUUCGUCAUUGUGGUGAUAGCAAAGCCGUUGGUAUCUUUGUGGGUGCUCAAUACAAGAAAGUGUCUCAUGCAAAAGCAUUCAAAUGUUUCCAGCAAGCUGCCAAAUAUGGGUCUGUGGAGGCUUACUAUGAGCUUGCAGAGUAUUGGAUGGUGCGCAAAGACUAUAAAAAGUCCAUGGAUUGCUAUCGCUAUGCUGCCUCGAAACAACACAUUCUUUCGCUCUAUAAACUAGCCAACAUCUUGCUUCGUGGUCUGCUUCAUCAACAAAAGGACAUUCAACAAGGUUUGAUCUACUUGAGGCAGGCUGCUGAUUCAGAAAAGCCAGACUGUGCCCGCUCAGCUUAUGAUUUGGCCUGUAUAUUGUCAAACGAUCUCAAGAGCAUCGACUUGGAAAACGAGCCCUCUAUUACUACUUUUUACAUUACGCCAAAUACCACAUCAGCAAUGCAUUAUUUCAAAAAGGCAGACAGCUUUGGCUUGAUCAAUGCUACCUUCCGCUUGGGCCAAUUUUACAAGGAAGGGCAACAGCAAUUUCAUCCCAACGCUUGGGAAGCCUACAAAUGCUUUGCAAGAGCAGCUGAGCAUGGCAAUGAAGACGCAAUGAUUGAGCUGGCUCACUUUUACAAGGACGGCAUCUCUGGUUACCUGAGCCCUCAGCCAUUAUUAGCUUUCCAAUGGUGCCACAAAGCAACAGAAAAUGGAGAUGCAGCAGCAGAUUAUGUACUAGGCACAUUUUAUGAAUAUGGCAUUGGUGUCUACCCAGAUCAAGCAGCAGCGCAAGAAUGGUACAAGCGAUCAGCAUCAAAGAGAUACGAACCUGCAGAGGAAAGAUUACGCAUCAAGAGAAGCUCCAGCAAUCAACAGAUUCAUCAACAGCAAAAGUCGCAUGAGCAUAAAUACAACCAUCGUCCACAGACUGGACCUAAACAGUACUAUGAAGAAAGCGUCAGGCUAGCUGAAACAUCCAGGCGCACUCAUGCUGAGCAAAACUGCCAAAUCAUGUAG